AGGCUACUAUUUAGGCAGCAUCAGCAUAUUAGUCAAAGCUCGUGCUAAAGAUUUGGGACUCGAUUUUUUGCCAUCAGCUUUUGGGCUCAGACUUCAGACAUAUGUACUCCAAUAACUGCAGUUUACGUAAGAUAAGGUCUGCAAAAUCUCUUGUUUCUGCAUUUCUUGUUCUGUUUGCUUGUGGGGUUCAAUGUAGAAUUUUAUAGUAACCUUGGCGAAGUAUCCGACCGCGACCACCCCGUAACUGACACCUGCUUACAUUCAGCACAAGUUUCUGGAUAUAUCAAUCAUAUGAUAUAUUCUUCUUGAUAACUUUCCACCACGGACUCUUGGCUUAAUCCAAUUCGAACCAUCAGAUUCCUCCGUCUUUUUCUUCUCGAAAAGAAAUACUGCACCGAUUAAAAAAAAAAAAAGAGUCAAAUACCCCCCGUGUCAGGGCAUUUUAAAGCCCAGCCUUUAUGCAAGAGAAUUAACCACAAACACUUCAGUUUUAGCUAGAGAUGGAUUCUUCAUCCUAUGAGAAUCCAAGUCCUGAUCAGAACUUCCUCUUCUCUGAGUUUUCAUUCUGGUUUCUUGACAACAAUAAUGUUCCUAAACAAAAACUUGAGACUACUGAAGCUAUACAAUCGUUGAAUUUGACAAGGGAUUCCAAGAGGCGAGAAAAGCAAUAUAUAGGAGUAAGAAAGCGUCCAUGGGGAAAAUAUGCAGCGGAAAUCAGGGAUUCAACAAGGAAUGGAAUAAGAGUUUGGCUAGGAACAUUUGACAGUCCAGAACAAGCAGCUUUGGCUUAUGACCAAGCAGCUUUCUCGAUGAGGGGUACCCUGGCUAGCCUCAACUUUCCAAUGGAUCGAGUCCAGAAAUCGCUUGAAGGUAUUAAGCAUAACUGGGAGAAUGGCUGCUCGCCAGCUGUGGUUCUUAAGGCAACCCACAAAAUCAGGAGUAGUGCGUCAAAAAGAACAAGGAGAAAUCUGAAGCAACAACACGUAAAGGAAAAAGUUGUGCUGGAGCUUGAAGACUUGGGAGCUGACCUUUUGGAGGAGCUUCUCAGUUCCUCAUCUGAAAGUGCCGCUAGUAGUCAUAAUUAGAAACUUAAAGUCCUUAAUUACCUUCAUUUCCCCUCUUGGUAGUUUUGUAUUCCAUAAUUAAUCCCAUGUAUAUCUCUGUAGAAUAAACAAAAUGAAAUUAGCCUCACUCUUAUGUAUAGUUAGCUACUUCACUUUCUCCUACUUCCUACCUCAGCACUUUUUCUUCUUUUACUUUUAACAGAAAAUCGCCUAGAGAUUUUAGCCAGUUAUAUCAA